AUGGAGGCCCAACCGACACACGUUCAUCAACCAUUGCCGCCGCUUCCCGCGCUUGGCCAGAAGCCUUAUUAUACUCGGAUUUUAACCUUGUUUCCUGGCAAAAUUGAUGCUCCUCUAUUCUGCACAAUGCAAAUCAUUGACCUGAAUCAUCCUCCCUUUCCAUUCGAGGCACUAUCCUACGUCUGGGGUAAAGCAAAAUCACCUGAGCAUCUCUUCUGCGAUGAUGGCUAUCUCGAGAUUACUGUGAAUCUGGACAAGGCUUUGAGACAUCUCCGGCUGAGCAGUAUGAGUCGAAGGCUGUGGGUUGAUGCUAUCUGCAUCGAUCAAACAGAUCUUUCAGAACGAGCCCGCCAGGUUCAGUACAUGCGACUUGUCUACAAACGCGCUUCUCGAGUCAUUGUUUGGCUUGGUGGAAAGCAGGACUGGACCGAGACAGCCAUCACCUUUGCAAAAGAGCUGGUCAGCUUGAAGGCUGAUUUCAUUGAGAAUCUUGGCCUGCCAAGUGGCGGAGAAGGGGCUCCAGCUGGAGAUCCAGCCCAGACAGAGCAGGGCAGAAGAUCCGAUGCAUUCUCGCUAUUAUCCAAUGUUUACAAGAGCAACCAAGAAGGGGCCGAAGCUCUAUCAAAGUUGUUUGGGUGUGAGUACUUUACCCGAGUCUGGUGCAUACAGGAGGUGGUGGCUUCAAGCUAUAGCAUCGUCAAGUUGGCAGAUCUGGAGAUCGACAUGAAAGACCUUUUGUCGCUGCUCCCCUUUGUUCUUGAUCGUCGAGGGUUGGAUCUUAAGCCGACCCCUUUACAACUAUGGCGAAUAGUUUACGAAAUGCCCCUUAUCUACGAACAGCUCAAAUACUCACAUCCUGAGGGCUCUAUCGGGACCAUGUUGGUUGUGUUGACUUCCAUCAGGGACUUCGGAGCAACAGAUCCCAGAGACCGCAUCUUUGCCAUUCUUGGUAUCACAGACGAGGGCUUGGAGCCGGUCUACAGCAUCACCGAAAGCAACUGGUUGGCUGAUGUUGCUCGCAAGGGUUAUUCCUGGAUUUCACGCCGAAUCAAUUCGAUCUCUCCAGCGCUAGAGCCAACUCGACACCCUGCAUUGAUCCCAAACUACAACAAGAGCUUGCAAGAAGUCUAUCAAGAGUUCACCCGCUAUUGCAUCUGGAAACCCCCACGACUUCUCACCGUCCUCGGACAUGUCCAGCAUCACGAAGACCCAGAAACUGUUCUGGGAUUUCCCAGUUGGGUGCCGAGAUUUGAUCAAUGCAGGAUCGUUUCCAAGUUCAUUCCGGAGUUGUCCGAUGCAGGCGUGCCCACCAAACUCCGAGUGUACAUCGCCGAGACUCACGACAAUCCCUUCCAUCCCUCAAGUCCAUUCAGUAACCCAAUCAAAGAACCUGACAUUCUUCAACUGAAUGGCUUCCAGGUCGACACAAUAUGCACUGCAACAGACGUAUUCACGCAAGAUGCAGACGGAACCUUUUCCCCCACCUCGCUUUGGAGCCAGCUGUUCCCUCACCCAUUGUUCCCAAGAGAGCCGGGGCAAGUAGAUCAAUACCAGUUCAGUAAAAUGGCAACUGAUGUUGCCUUUCUCCAAACUUUGUGCGCUGGAGGGAUGCUGUCAGCGUGCUCUCAACUAAUGAACUCGUCAAGUCGGCAUGGCAAGACUCGACAGUCCCGCUUGGAACAGUCCCGAAGGCUAGCAGCGCAGGCGAUCCUCAGGUGGCUUCGAGAACGACCAGAGGUCGACUGUGUUGCUUAUCCCGAUCUUGAGCCACCGCCAAUAGAUGAGUUUCACGUGAGCCCGAUGGAGAGAUACCAGUACCAAGCUGUUAGUUUAUGCGCCAACAGGAAGGUCUAUAGGACAGCGACUGGUAUUCUGGGAUUGGGGCCAAAGUUCUUGAAACCAAGAGAUUGCAUCGUGGUGUUGUUUGGAGGAUCCUUUCCUAUUGUCCUUCGCCCGCGGGGUCGUGACUGGAUCUUGAUUGGUGAGACGUAUCUGCAUCAUGAUGAGGUUUGUCUUGGGCAGUUGGCGACAAGGGCCAAGAGUAGGAGGAGUCAAGUCAACGUGACGAGGUUUAGGAUCCGGUAG